AUGGUCGCCGGCAGACUGAAGAGAUGCGGCGUCGUCUGCUCUGGCGCGAUUUAUAGCUACAACCAACCGUCAGAAUUCAUCAGCACCGUCAGCUAUCUCCUCCAAUACGCCCGCGACGAUUCAACCCUUGCUCUACUCGUGCGUAUCAUAUCUGGCACCAUCACUAUGCACGUGCCUAACGACGGCCCUGACGUCAUCAUGGAUUCGGACAGAUACCAGGGCUUCAUAAAGACGGCCGUUGAGCAUGCAUUGAGAGACGCUGUCUUGGCAGACACGGAGAUUAAAAGGUGUUUUAUAGAGGACAAUGUGCCUAAAGACCAGAAGACUUAUGUGCAUUAUUACUGUUUGAACAUUAUUAAGCUGUUGAGAUGGGAGAACUCCAACCAAGUGUCUCACUUACGAACGCGGCCGAUCGGUCGAGCAGUGGAGGCCAACCUUUACGGCAUAGGCGGGGCUUUGAAAGAGUACACCUCUUUGCUGAGGCCACGCCCCCCUUGCACUAUGGCGUCGCUGGAUGAAAUGCCCACGUGUCAUGCUUUGGCUGAGGUACUUGACCGAGUGGACAUGUCAGGCACCAAAUCCCCGCCACCCAGUGUGGAGGUGCUAAUAAAAGUGGUCCAGUCCACCGUCAAAUAUUUCUUUAGAUGCCUUCACGAGAAAGAUAUAAUGGACAAGCUCCGCGGCGUGCAAACCGCGUGUCGACUCCUGCGCAAACUUUGCAUCCACAGCAAGAUGGCGCGCUCCGUCGCGUUACGAGACUUGUUAGAAACCGCCAUGUUUAGAGAAGAGAAGGCAUUCGGCAGCCGACCAGUCGUGGCCAAUACGGUUGCUGCUAGCAAGGACUGGCCGCAAGAUGACUUGCUGAUUAAUUUGAACCAGAAACAUGGUCCGAUAACUCAGCUGACUCAGAGCCACACGUCGGUAUUCCAUGCCGGAAUCAUCGGUAAAGGCGUGCGCAAACUCGACGAGAUCGAAGACUAUUUGCCGCCCGUGCUCACCGCUAAUAACGAGUUGUUGAUGGGCGCCCUUAUGUCUUGCAUGGACGGCAAUAGCGGUAUAGUGGAAGGGAUGACGUCAGUUUCGCUGCUUUUGGUCGAGUUAGUGGCUCCUGACGUCAUGUAUAAUGGCCUACCCUGGCCUGAUGAAGACUUUACUAAGCAAGUGAGCAUCGAGCGCGAGCUAUACAUGCGUUGCGCGCUCGAAGCGUGCGUGGUAGCACGCAGCGCGCUGCGACGGUGCGCGGGCGCGCGGCCCUCGCUGUGCCUGGCCUCGUCGCUGCUGCGCGCCGUCGCCGCCACGCUGCUGCACCGCCUCAAGGCGCUGCUGGGUGAGUGUGUACAUGCGGCCCUCGCUGUGCCUGGCCUCGUCGCUGCUGCGCGCCGUCGCCGCCACGCUGCUGCACCGCCUCAAGGCGCUGCUGGGCGCUGCUGGGUGAGUGUGUACAUGCGGCCCUCGCUGUGCCUGGCCUCGUCGCUGCUGCGCGCCGUCGCCGCCACGCUGCUGCACCGCCUCAAGGCGCUGCUGGGUGAGUGUGUACAUGCGGCCCUCGCUGUGCCUGGCCUCGUCGCUGCUGCGCGCCGUCGCCGCCACGCUGCUGCACCGCCUCAAGGCGCUGCUGGGCGCUGCUGGGUGAGUGUGUACAUGCGGCCCUCGCUGUGCCUGGCCUCGUCGCUGCUGCGCGCCGUCGCCGCCACGCUGCUGCACCGCCUCAAGGCGCUGCUGGGUGAGUGUGUACAUGCGGCCCUCGCUGUGCCUGGCCUCGUCGCUGCUGCGCGCCGUCGCCGCCACGCUGCUGCACCGCCUCAAGGCGCUGCUGGGCGCUGCUGGGUGAGUGUGUACAUGCGGCCCUCGCUGUGCCUGGCCUCGUCGCUGCUGCGCGCCGUCGCCGCCACGCUGCUGCACCGCCUCAAGGCGCUGCUGGUGUGUACAUGCGGCCCUCGCUGUGCCUGGCCUCGUCGCUGCUGCGCGCCGUCGCCGCCACGCUGCUGCACCGCCUCAAGGCGCUGCUGGGUGAGUGUGUACAUGCGGCCCUCGCUGUGCCUGGCCUCGUCGCUGCUGCGCGCCGUCGCCGCCACGCUGCUGCACCGCCUCAAGGCGCUGCUGGAUCGCCAUACCCACGCGGCAGAGAUAUCCCGCGAGCGAGCGGCGUUAUGCGAUCUGCUCACCACGAUGACGUUGGGACAACUGCUGCCGCACCCGCUCUCGCAUAUGCUCGAAAUGGCGCCCGAGCUCACUGCUAACGAGAUUGUUCAAGUGAUCAGAGAUUGUCUGUGGAAUUACACCAGAGAUAAUGUGCCCUCGCCCGCCCUGUUUCCAUGUGAUUCCACGGGCCUGCACUGGCGAGACCCAGUGAGCUGUAAGCCUUCAACCACGUACACUGACACGCUGCGACUCAUCUUACAAAAGAGGAUCGGGCGCCUGGGCCAUCUCUAUCCUACCAUGUUCUUGAAUCUGGAGAAAGACGCGCAGUAGAUUUAUAAGAAUUAUUAAUUAUUAUUAAUUGUACAUAAUGUAAAUAGUUUUAUAAUAAAUCAAGUUUCUCAUA